AUGCGUGCGGCGCACGCUAGCCGGCUCAAGCUGGCCCCCGGCCCUGCUGACGUGGCGGGCCACCCGCGCAAGUGGUCCCCACCGCCGCCGCAGGACGGCAUCCCAUUGGACGAGCGCCCCGAGUGGCUGCGCGACGAGGCGCUGCCGUUUCUGGAGCUGUUCGCGCGCAACGUGAGGAAGUUUCCGAGCAAGGCGGCGGUGACGUGGGUGGAGGAGAAGGGGGUGAUCAAGCAGUCGUACACCUACGAGGAGUUGUUUGCAGCCGUGGUGGUACCUUCCCAUGCACCUCACACGGAGCUGUUUCCUCCACCUCGCUCUUCGCUCUUUGUCGUCUCUCUCCCGACCUCACCUCCAGACGCCUCCUUGCUCUUCCCUCCCUCAUUCCCCCAGUUGGACGCGCUGUCACGCGCCGUGAGUGCGUCGCUGAUGGGCGAGUGGGGGGCAGCGCGGGGCGACCGAGUGGUGCUGCUGUACCCGCCAGGCCUUGACUUCCUCAUCGCCUUCAUUGCCUGCCUGCGCGCUGGUGGGUGCUCUUGUGCCUGUGCUGCCAUAGUUGGUGGGUUCCUGCGCGCUGGUGGGCGAGUGGGGGGCGGAGUGAUAGCCGUGCCAGUGUACCCGCCCAACCCGCGCGAGCUGAAAAAGGACGUGGAGAAGCUCACUCGCCUCGUCAACGACUGCGGGGCACGCAUCGUGCUCUCCACAUCUGAGUACCGCUCCAAGAUCCGCCUGUCGCUGCUGAAGCUCGUGCGCUGGCCGGGCGAGCACUGGACCCUGCGCAUGCAUUCUGGCAUCCGCUUCUUCAGCUGGCUGCCUCAGUACCACGACCUGGGGCUGAUAGUGGCGUAUCUGAGCACGCUCACAGCGGGCGGCAGUGGGGUGUACAUGUCGCCUAUCGACUUCAUCCACCGCCCCGCCUCCUGGCUGCAGUGGAUGAGCCGCCUCAAGAUCACGCACACAGCAGCGCCCAACUUUGCUCUCAACCUCGCCACGCGCAAGUUUGUCCCCUCCAGAGACGCCUCCCUGCCCGCCCCCUUCCUCUCCGCCUCCCUCCCGCCCUCCUCCUUCCCCACCUCUCCCAACCCCUCUUCCUCUCCCUCCGCCGCUCUCAACCCAUCUGCGCCUCUUCCCACCGCUCUGGACCUCUCGUCGCUGGAGUGUUUCCUGAACGCUGCGGAGCCGGUGCGGCCUGAGGCGAUACAGCGGUGGAAUGCGGUGCUGGGGCGGUAUGGGUGGGACCCGUGCGGCAUGUGCCCGUGCUAUGGGCUGGCAGAGCAUGUGGUUGGCGUGUCGGGGUGGGGCAGCAAGCUGCUGCACCUCCCUGACAUCACGCUCCACAGCAGCGGUCACCUCUCCACGUACCCCGUGGACGGGCGCGUGGUCAUCGUCAAUCCCGAGACGCGGGAGGAGUGUGCUGAGGGCGAGGAGGGCGAGAUCUGGGCGCGCAGCUGCCACGUGGCGCGUGGCUACUGGGGCAAGCCGGAACUGUCAGAGGAGACCUUCCGAGCGCGCAUGAAGGAAGGUGCGCCAGGCUCUGACAAUGGAGCUUAUCUGCGCACAGGGGACCUGGGGCUGGUGGUGGCGCAGCAGCUGUUCAUCACAGGGCGCAUCAAGGACCUCAUUAUUAUGGGCGGGAAGAACUACUACCCGCAGGACAUUGAGCUCACAGUGGAGUCCGUUGCAGACAGCAUUCGCCCCGGCUGCUGCGCCGCCUUCAGCGUGAACAAGACGAGCCACGGGACGGCAGCGGGCGGCAAGAAAGGGACUGCAGACAAGGGAGAGGAGACGGGGGAGAAGGGAGAGGAGGAGGAGGUAGUAGCAGUGGUGGUGGAGGUGAAAGCAGUGGCGCAGGAAGGGUGGUGGCGGGGAGGAGGGGGAGGGGGGUCUGGGGAGGGCGGGCUGACGAAGCAGCAGAUGAAUGAGCUGGCGGGGGAGAUUCGGAGUGCGGUGGUGCGCGCGCAUGGUGUCAUGCCUGCCAUCGUGGCCAUCAUUCCCCCUCGCACGAUCCCCAAGACCACGAGUGGCAAGAUUCGGCGCAAGGAGACGAGCCACCGACUCACUACAGGCGUACUCACUGUGCUCAACAGUAACUCGCACAUGGAGGGAGGCGCUGGAGAGACCAUCGAGAGUCUGCAUUCGAUUCCUGAGCCUUCUGGGGCGAAGGGAGGAGAGGAGGACGUGGUGAUUGUAGAGGAGGAAAUCUCAGCUGUGGUGCCUCAAAAAAAGGUGGUGGUUGGCCAAGAGGAGAGGGGGAGUGAGGAAAUGGAGGGCGCAACCAGCAAGAAGGUGGCGACGGAGGGACUGGUGGAAGGGAAAGGGGUGGCUCAGGAAGCUGUAGUUGGGGCGAGUGUUGCUGCAGCAGCAAGCGCAGGUAUAGGAGCUACUGGAGUAGAUGCGGGAGCAGGGGUGCGGUCAGAGGGGGAAGAUGAAACAGAGGAGGAAGCGGAGGAGGGAGCAGAGGAGAGAGUAGUUGCUGCAGUACCAGCGACAAUUGCAGUGGAGGCAGCAGCAGCUGCAGCAGAGGGUGAUGUGGCAGGGGCAGCUAAAGAGGAGGAUGGACAGGGCAAAGCUUCUGGAGGAAAUAGGGCUGUGGAGGCAGAGGAGGGAGCAGAGGAGGGAGCAGAGGAGGACAUGGGUGCAGCCAAGUGGGAUGGUAUGGGUGUGGAGGCGGCUGUGAAGGCCAUCAUGGGUAUCCAUGACCUGGAGAUUGCCGGAGAGCCACUGCUGAUUGACAUAGGCCUGACGUCCAUGAACGGCAUGGAGGUGCUCGAGCUGCUGGAGAGGCGCUGCGACCGUAGGCUUGUUGUUGAUGACAUGGAGCGACUUACCAUUGGGCAUUUGCGCCGGCUGGAUCAGGGUAUCCCUCUCCCUGACACGUUCGAGAGUGAUGAUGAGGAUGAGGAUGAAUGA